GGCCCAACUCCGGCUUUUCAAUAUCCCAACCAGCUCAUAACGUUCUCUUAUUCACCUUCGCGAGAACUGGAAUUUACUAAUUCCGCCAUGAGAUAUUACGUGGAGCCGCCGUUCAACGCAGACCUUGGAUUUGCUUACGAGACUUGGAUAAAGAGGCCAGAGGAGAGGGGCAGAUUGGACGGUUUGCUUACUGCUUGCCUGAGGGAUGAAGUGCUCCCCGAGAGGAAGAGAGCAAAUGCAAUUUCAUGGAGGGGUGUCAUGACAAAAAUAUUGACGGCGCCUUAUGAAGACAGAGACGCCUGGUCUCUCAACGUCAUGUAUUUGGACGGUACGCUCUACUUUGAAGAGCAUCUUAGCGACGAGAAAUUGAAAGAAAAAGAGAACAUGACGCCCCGACACCGUCUUCAAACGUAUUACGGCUACGCCUUUGAGUCAUACUGUAGCUCUGCAACACCAGAUCCCGCACAAGACCCGGAUAAACGCACCAAUGGCUGGAGUGGAAACGUGAAUACCAACGUCCAAUGGUGCAGUGUCGUGAAGACAAAACUAGGCGACAAUAGACUCAUUAUAGGUGGAGAGGUAGAUUGCGUUGAAGACGUUGAUACGCCAGGGAAAUACACGGGUCAGCCGAACACGUUUGUCGAAUUGAAAACGUCACUGGUUAUUCGAAAUGGAGUAGAUGAGGCAAGAUUCGAGAAGAAAUUGCUUAAAUUUUAUUUUCAAUCAUUUCUGUUGGGUGUUCCGACGAUUAAGGUAGGAUUCAGAACGCCAGUAGGGCUUCUCAAAAAUCUUCAGUCAUUCAAAACCGUGGAACUUCCUCGACUUGUUCGUAACAAGCCAGGUGCCUGGGACCCAAACCUUUGUCUUCAAUGGGGAGCUCAGUUUCUGGCUUUCGUCCAAUCAACUAUUCGGAACUGGCGUUUCGAUGAGACUCCUUCAACAAAUGGAAACAAGGAUGAAUGUUUACCUAGCAGGCCUGAAUCACGAGGCGAUACCCCAGAACUGAAAGCAGUUCCCAGAGAACAAUGUGUCUGGAGAGUAAAUUUCUAUCCCGGAAAGGGUGCUGAAGUGGUCCUACUUGACAACGCAGCUGUGGCCGAUGUACGUAAUGGAGAGGAUCGCAUUGGUUUUCUUCCUCGCGAUUACUGGGAUAUGGUGGUUAGUCCAGCGAGGACCGAAGAAAUAGAUGCACGGAAGACCUCAUAACCAGGCCGGUCUUAAUCGACUCGGGGUUUAAGUGCUGGCUGAAGCGCACUCCUCUUUGUCCGUCUUGUUUCGCAAAAGUGUUUGUGAACAGCAAAGCUUGCGAAAGGCCAAUGCGAGCACUUAUCGAAAAUUAUCUGGACGUUGUUACAUAAGCACUUGCCUGGGGCCACCGAACCACCGAACCACAGAUCCCUUUCCAGAAAAUAUAAGAAUCCGC